AUGUCGGCUCCAUGCAAUUUCAGCGACCAGAUCACUGGCGAGGUGGUUGUGCCGUCAUCGUGGCGUAAAGAGGCCAUAUGUAUUGAUGCAACAUGCCAGACUGGGCCGCUCAGCCUGCGUGAAGAGGCGGUGCAGACGACCAUAAGUGCGCUGCAAGUAGUCAACAGGCUUGACAAGCAGGUGGGACAUGAGAAGAAGACGAUUCAAGCUACUUUGGAUGGUCUUCAGUACGUGUACGCGGGGGUGGAGUUUGACGAGGAAAAACUUGCCAUGUUCUUGGAGGAAUCUAAAGUUGAUGUGCUGUCAAUGUUGUACCGCAACGCAAAGAGUGGAGCAUUCAGCAACUAUGAGCCCAACUGGUCAGCAAAGGGCACUGAAGUUGUGCCUGUGGCCACACUUUCCUCGGCAUAUGCCGUGGAGGGUGAGCUGCAUGUGCUGUCGCUCAGCUGGAAUUCAGCUGGUACACUGCUUGCGGUGGCAUAUGGCCGCAUGGACACAGCGGGAUGGUGCUACAGCAGUGGCGUUGUGGGCAUCUGGAAUUUGGCGCGCCCAGACAUGGAUGUGAAUGCACCGCAUCACACAUUAGAGAUGAAUUUGUUUGCCACCUGCGUCGCGUUUCACCCAACUCAGGCGUCUGUUCUUGCAGUGGGUCUGUACAGCGGCGAGGUGAUUGUAUACUCCGAAGUGGGAAGUGCGAUCCCGACGGAGAUGUCAACGAGUGGAUCGCCGCUCUCGCACAGAGAGCCAGUCUCCUCGUUGCAAUGGAUCCAAAGUCUGCAGGAGAUGCGUGAAUCUCACCGAUUUAUCCUCUGCUCCUCUGCGCAAGACGGCCGCAUUUUUUUCUGGACCCCAACAAACAAGCUGUCGCAGCCAAUUGCCGCUUUUUCUGUGGAAAACAAAAAAGGUGUCACCGUCGGUGUGCAGUCGGUCAAAUUUGCACGUCCUGGUGGGGGAAUUGGCGCGGGUGUUCCAUCAGGCGACAGCCCGCUUAUCAUUGGCCUUGAAAAUGGAGAUGUCGGCCGAGCUCGACCAGGUGUGGUGAGUGUGUUGGUUCCACGCAGCAGCGAAAAUUUGGCGUCAUUGGAUGUGGAUUGGCUCAACGGCCACAGGGGGCCGGUGCAGAACGUUGACACAUCACCUUUUUUCCACAACUUGUGCCUUACGUGCUCCUCCGAUGGCAGCGUCCAUUUUUACAACGCGUUGGAGCGUUCUCCGCUGGCGACUCUGGAGCCCUCGGCGGAGACGAAACACUUUCUGUACGCGGCACAAUUUAGCCCCUUCCGCCCCAGCGUUCUUGCGGUGGUGUCGCGGAGCUCGUUUCUGCACAUUUAUGAUCUUCAAAAGUCGCAGUUGAAACCUAUCGCUUCAAUAGAAGCCGGUGUUGAUGGCGCGCCGGUGUUAUGCUUGGCAUUCAAUCACGUCUCGCCUGAGUGGCUGGCUACUGGGGAUGCACGGGGUUGUGUGCGUCUUUGGCGACUGCCAUCUACCCUCAUUCAGACGACCGACUUGGAGCGUGCGGCCGUUCGUGGCAGCCACAGCCGGGAAAGUGGAGAGAAUGUGGUGCGCUCGCUGUGGGGGUUUGCGCCGUAA